AUGGACCGUCGAGAAAUGUCAAGACGAAGAACUUUAAUACAAUUGGACCAGCCAAUUUCUUCAAUCAGAGCAAAAAACAAAGCUGUAGACGAAGCAAAAAAGAAACAAGAAUCCAAAAAUACUUUACAUGAUUUACUUGGUGCAUAUAGUGAGAGUGAAGAUGAGGAGGAGGAUACUGUGCAGAUUGCCAAACAAACUAUUCCUCCGACAGUUGGAAAUACUGAUUUUACCGGAGAAACAAACGAAUCUAUAGAUUAUCCCGAAGAUAGUAUAGAAGCAGCUUUGAAAAUGUUCAUGUCUGAAAUAAAUGCACUGCCAACUUCUACCAAUUCUCCUGCGUCAUCAAUAGCAGCAGCAGAUGAUGAAGUCGGAAAUAUUUCUAAAAAAGUUUUAGAAACUAAAGAAAAUGAAACUGCUAAUUCGCAAUCAGUUGCUAGCAUAGUCACAUCCACUAUUAAAACAUCAGGCGAAUGGCAACAGUGUUGGGAUGUAGAAAGUGAACGAUACUAUUAUUACAAUACCAAUACAGGCGAAUCUCGUUGGGAAUUGGAAAGUUUUCCUGAAACUUCCACAAAAGAUAAAAAUUUGUCUUUAUCAAUUCCUCCAUCUGACUCUCCAUUACACAUCCGUUCUCAUGACGUAUACAGCAGGCUUUCAAAUUUGGCACCAAUGGCAACACAUCUAAAUCUUUUAAGACAUCAGAUUGAAUUUUCUACUAGAAUGUAUGAUUGGCAAGUUGGAGCUUUGAAUUCACUAUAUUUUGAAAAAGUAAUAUUAGAAGGUCUUGAGAGAUUAUUAGAAGGAACUGAAGAACAAAUUACACCCACAGGAUGGAAAUGCAAAUGGAAAUCUGAUGCUCAAACUUAUACAUGGACACAUCUACAAACGAAUUAUGUCUCUAUAAAGUAUCCAACAGCAGAAUUAAUUACUGGCCUUGAAUCAAUUCCUGAAACCAACCAAGAUUAUAAUUCUAGUAUACCUGCUACAUAUAUUUCUUCAUUGGAUCCAAUCACCCAACAACAAUAUUUUGUUGAGCCUCGCAAGAAAGAAAAAGAAAGUAAUGUCGCUAGUAGUAGCAAUAGCAGUGUGUCAUCAGGAUUUCGGAAUAAGAAAAUGGCUUCCCUUGUUGAGAAAUGGAAAGCAGUUGAAGAUGAUUUACUUUCUAAUGAUGAUUGGGCUGAUUAUCAAAAAGGAUCGACAAAAUCCACAAAUCCGGAAUCAUGGAUUAAAGAACAAAUCGAAUCAGGCGAAGCAUUAAAUAAUCCGAAUUUAGAACCAAUAAAAGGUGAUUGGAGACAACGAAAUAAAAAUAAAAAGUUGGAAUAA